ACAUUCUGGGGACACCUUAGACUUAUAUUACAUCUUGUGAAAUAGGGUUCUAGGGCACCUUUAAGUUUAUAAAAUCUAACUGUCUGCAUAAAACAAAACCUCCAGUUUCUAGGUGCUUUGGCAGUGGGCUGGACUAACGGGCAAGUGGCAACUCAAUUACCUAGUGCUAACUCACCUUUCACACUCCCCACAUUCAACAAUUAAUUUUAGGCAAAAGCAGACAACGUGAUUAAUAUACAUGAGCUGUUGACAAUAUUCAUCUACCUGAGGCGAGACAUAAACAGAAGUCACCUUUGACUAAUGUAAGAUAUUUAAUGUAAUAUAAAGGGGUCAUGACAUGGAUUUUUUUAUGUUCCUUGAGGUUCACUUAUUAUAUAAUUAAUAAAAUGGAGACUUAACAUGUCAGGGUGUUUGUAGAUAGAAAUGGCUCAUUCUAAGGUAAUAAAAACAUAACGAUUCAUUAUAUAAGGUCUUUAUACACCACUGAAAACAUAAUUAUGUAUAUUUUAUUGCAUUUCUGUCAAUAGAUCCUCCUAAAUUUUACACCGUGCACCUUUAACACUUGUUUUGUGAGGAGAGGCUGAGGGGAUUAUCUGUAUCUGUACUCUAAAGAGUCAGAACAGCUACUUUCAGUACUAGUACUUCAUAAAGUGAAUGUUGUAGUUAACUAACCCACAUUUACCCUCUCACUCUUCAUGCUGCUCCAGAAUCAGUUGUGUCUUUUGAGAUGAUUGAAGUGAAUGUGGUUUGAUUUCAGUCUCAAGCUGAGCACACAGAGCUUCAGAUUAAACAUCAGUUUCAGAAGCUUCAUCAGUUUCUCAGAGAUGAAGAAGAAGCUACAAUCAUUGCACUGAGGGAGGAAGAGGAGCAGAAGAAGCAGAUGAUGAAGGAGAAGCUGGAGGAGAUUAACAAACACAUCUCAGCUCUUUCACACACAAUCAAAGACAUGGAGGAGAUGAUGAAAGACAAUGACGUCUGCUUUCUGAAGAAGUUUCCAGUCUCAAUGGAAAGAGUCCAGAUCUCACAGCCGGAUCCACAGAUGGAUUCUGGAGCUUUGAUUCAUGUGUCAAGUUACUUGGGCAACCUGCAGUUCAGAGUCUGGAAGAAGAUGCAGGACAUCGUCCAAAACACUCCUGUGAUUCUGGAUCCAAACACUGCAAAUCCACAUCUCAUCCUGUCUGAUGAUCUGACUGGUGUGAGAUACAGCUUGAACAGUCAACUGCUUCCUGAUAAUCCAGAGAGAUUUGAUGAGUAUUCAUGUGUUCUGGGUUCAGAGGGUUUUAACUCAGGGACACACUGCUGGGAUGUGGAGGUUAAAGAGAGUUUGUACUGGAGUCUUGGAGUAACUACAGCAUCAAACCAGAGGAAGGGACUAGUUUUCUUUAAUUCUGAUGUCUGUUGGGUGCAGUAUGGACUAGAUGAACGGGUUGGUUUUCCUGUUAAACAGAAGCUUGAGAAGGUUAGAGUUCACCUGGACUAUGACAGAGGAACAGUGUCAUUCUCUGAUCCUGUAACUAACACAAAUCUACACACAUUCACAACCACCUUUACUGACACAGUCUUUCCUUUCUUCUGGUGUCAUGAUUUGAAAAUUUUACCAGUUACAUUGCAUCUGAUAGAAGAGAUCUGACAUGCCUCCUGGAGGUCAUAGGCCCAAGCAGGCUCACAGAAAUCUGGUCUUCCACAAACCAUUAACAACUUGUAUUCUCCUAUUGAUGUUGGCCAAAAUGUUUGGUGACAUAUUCCUUAAACAUCAAAGAGAUUCCACAGGGGGAGACCUGACAUCAUCCCCACAAGGAGAAGACCUGAUUCUUGAACAAAUCGUUCUUUUCAGUCAAUUUGCAGCCAGGAAUUUGCUGAGCUGGUUCACAAAACCAAAAUAAAUCGAAGUUUAGUUGUGGGUUGAUGACACAAGAUGCAGAAUUAGAGACAACUCUAGGAGCCACUAGAUCUGUUACUGAACCAAAGAACCGCUUUGAAAUGAAUGAAUUAAACCAACAGGCAGAUUCAGAAGUCAGCGAUUCAAUCAUGUCUGACUCAAAAGAACCAAUGAGCCGGUUCAACUGUUUUCCUAGUAUUACAGAGGACUUGUCGUCUGUUGUGACUAGUGUUGUCAGAAGUAUUGGUACUUCAGUAUCAAGUCUGUACUGAAAUUUUAAACGUACUGGGUCAACUUGGUACAAUGAGUAGAUAGGCAAGAUAGGUGGUUGUUUUUAAAUGUGCCUGUGCAUUUAGUAUUUGUGUGGGCACAAGAAAAGUAAUCAGUGUUUCUAUUUACAAUGUGUUUUUUGAAGUGUUGAGCAUUUUAGAAAUGCAAUGGCCAAUGAGACAUGUUUAAGUUUAAGUUAAUCAGAAUCUGCUCAACGCUGCUAAAAAUGCCAGAGUUUAUGUUCUACACACUCAUGAAUCCUUUCAUUACAAUGUAUAAACACAAUGUAAGUAUAAGAUUCAUUGUGCAGUGUAGGCAGCUUCUUCGAUUAUAACUGGAGUUUUCACAUAAGUGUAGAACUCUGAUCUUAUACUCGCAACUUAAGUGAUUGACAGCUCUUUGCUUGCUUUCUGUAUAACCCGUUUGUAAAUUGAAGAAAAGUUGUAUUUUUCAUGCUGCUGAGUACACAUUGCACUGUGAUAACCACAAUUAAUUGUGGGAUUGAAUCCGAAACUGCAAUGACUGACAUAGUGAUAACCAUAGCAAUAAACAGGAAAUAAAAAUCUGAUACUGUAUGCCAAAAUAGAUGUAUGCAUCAAGUCUUGGAGUGUAUAUACAGACUUUCCACUUGUUUAAUGUAAUGUUUCUGUUUUUUGUUUUUUUUACUUGACCUUUUUAAAGGAAUGUUUACUCAAUCUAUAUCUGAAGACCACAUGCUGUUUUAAUGUACUACUUAUUAUUAUCAUUAAUAAUUAACUUUUUUAUUUUAAAAUAUUUGAAUAGUUCCAAUAGGUUUUGCUAUGGUACCAAAAUACCAAGAAUCAUGAAACUGUACUGGUGUUGCACAGACUGCUGAAGUUUUGGUCCUGAAUAAAACAUUUAUAAAACCACA